AUGGCCGCGUUCUCGCGAACCUGGCGUCGUGUUGAGACCGUGAGAAGAGGAAUCAACGUGUUCUACCUGGAUCUGUCCGCGUUGUUUCCGGAAGGAUCCGAGAUCACGGACGCGAGUUACGAGGAGCAUCCUGUCAUCCGGACGGGCGGAAUCUCGCAGCCGCACAAGACGCUGCACAUGAUCCUGUACGGAGAGCACAACCAGACGAACAUCACCCUGACCGGAGCGGGCACCACCGUCGACGCCAAGUUUGUCACGUUCAUGGUGCGUCUGACGGUGGACACGCUCCACGUGCGACGCUACAACUACACCGUUCCCAAGGAGCUGCAGGCAGACGCAGACGCCGCCGCCGCUGCCGCGAUGGACUACGACCAGCUGCCGCUCACGUUCGCUGAGAUACCGCCGGAUAAACGGGGUCCUCAGCUGGUGGCGGACAGCGCUGCAGAACCGGUCGCAGCAGCAGCGGGCGUGAGCACCGACACAGACAGUCUCAUCCGACGCCUCAUCUUCCCUCCCGAAGUACAGGCAGAGCUCGGAGCGGUGGAUCGCGAAGCAGCGGACGGAGACCUGACGGAGAGUGGCUCCCGCAUCCAAAAGUCGGCCAUCGUCGCGAAGUUCCUGUCCGAUCUAAAGAGCAAGAACCACGCGAUACCAUACAGGGACGACGACGCCGUCGCCGCGCCGAAGAAUCUUCUGCCGGUCGCCGCGGCGACGGCCAGCGCGACCAAUCAGAAAGCGCAGCAGCCUCCCGCCGGACGGGAGGCACCCGCCGCCGCAGACGUUCGCGUGAUAGUCGACCCUCCUCCCGUCGGUCGACGGGCGGGCGGCGGGGAGGAGCGGGCGGGGGAGAAGCCCGCAGGGGAGGAGAGGAGGGGGUUGUUUGAGCGGCAGGCGGAGGAGCUGCUAGCGCAGCAGAGGAAGCUGGCAGAAGACCAGGAGAGACUCGACCUCAACUCUCAGCAGAGGGCCGUGCCGCCGGGCCAGCAGCGCCAGAUACGAGGGGGAGGAGGGCAACGGCAGCCGCAGCCAGCCGCGGCGCAGACGCCGUCGCCGCAGCAGCCGCGGCAGCAGUCUAAAUCACGCGACGCCCCGGUCGCGAACGCAGAUCUCCCGCCGGCGCGCGAAGCGAAGUCCGGCAAUGCCGAUCGUAAGGCUGCCGAGCACCAGGAGGCGCCACCGCCCGUCGGUGGGGGCGGGGGCGGGGGCGGGGGAGAGGACCAAGACGUGGCACGGAGGCAGGCGGAGAAACUUCACGAGCAGAUGAGGAUUCUCGGCGAACAGCAGGAGAAGGUCAACGCGCAGAAGGAGAAGGCGGCGGCGAAGAAGAAGGAGAGGAAGGACGCGGCAGCGGCGGGGAAGAUGAGGGAGAGGAAACCGGCGAGAGUUAAACGUGAAUCUGCAGGAAUUGUUGCCAAAGAUGAGCAGGUGGGGGCAGCUAAAGAUGGAGAAGGCAGGCAAGUAGGGGCAAGGCGUCUGCAGGGUAUCACUGGUGCAUCGGGCGUGGAUGUGCAGGAGAUGGGAAACCUACCCUGGGAGCGGCAGGGAGUCUUUCAGGAUCUCAUCGAGGAGAGUGGGCGGCGGCGCGCGCUGCGUGGUUACGAGACGGCGGCGCGGCGCGGGCGACGCACGCUCGACACGUUCGCCGACUCGCUGCGAUUCGUCAACAAGCUCUACUCGCGCCAUUACGGCUACGAGGCGCGCAAGGUGCCCGCGCACAUGCCUCACAUGAUCGACGUCGCCGUCAUGGACGCCCUGCACGCGAGGUUUCCGGCGGAGUGGGACGAGACUUCGCGACACAGGAUACGCAGUCCGAACGACAUGCAGUUCUCCUUCUCCUACUUCUACUUCCUGAUGAGUGAGAAACAGACGAUGACGACGGAGGAACUGUUUGCCAUGUUCGACACGGACAAGACGAGGGAGGCAACCACGGUAAAAGCACUGCUGCACGACUUCUACGAGACAAUGUUGCCUCUGCAGUGUCAGUUCGAGCUGCCGCUUGAUUACCGAAACAGGUUUCUACACAUGGCCGAGCUCAGGUCGUGGCGGAUUUACAGAGACAUCCUGAAGGCAAUCACCUACCUCUGCUUGUUCCUCCUUGUCUGCUUCUCUGCGGCUUCCUUCUGCUCCCAGCAGAUUUCCGCCGUGAGCAGGCGCGUCUGGCGGACGAGGAGGGAAUCGGGAAGCCCCGGCGACGGCAGCAGAAUGAACGUAUGACCAACGCUGUCCUCCGGAAAGAUCGCCUGAUGGGUCCGUCCGGCGACGGCAGCAGCAGACGAGAAGCGAUCGUGCCAACUCGUCAAACUUCCGUGGUCUAUGACGCGAGCAGGAGAGCAACACGAACAGAGAAUAGGGGGGGGGGGUGUCCACGAACGGAUGGGGUGGGGUGUGUGAAGUAAGAGAUGGUAAAAUUAAGCGCUGAAGACGUGCGCAAGUCACAGAGAGACGGGCGAAGACCGUUGCCAUGACAACCUGUGUAAAUACUCCCUACGCGGCGACGAGACGACAGGCCGACGGUUGUCGGGCAGACGACUAUCAGACAAGUGAACGCUAAAACAAGGACACUUGUAAAACGCUAAAAUAAGGGUAAAGAUUGCAGCUCUCUUGGCAACAUUCCAAUUCCGUAUGCAAUGUGGGUGGCAUCGCAAUCAUUUUAGGUUUCGCACGACUACACCAUGAGGAGUGUGUGUGCUACCACUUUGAAUGAAGCAAGCUUAUGAUUGAUGGGACAUUGGUCAUUGACAGGGAUAUAUUUUUUUUAAGACAUUGAUGUCACACCCAUCGUUUAAGUUUAUAAUUGCUUUGGCAUUGAUUCACGAAGUUUAAAAUCUAGUUUUGAUAAUUUUUUAAGUUGUUUAUUUUAAUUAGCGGUGGGUGAAUAUGAACCCGGUUGUGUCUGAAUAUUUGAUCUGUUGAGAGCAGUGUGCUAUUGUUCGUUCACGUCCAGUACACAGUUCUCUCGUAAUCUGGUUUUCGCUGGCAAGAAAAACGAGGACCAGUUUGCAUCUCUCAUCGAUUAUCGUUCACUUCCAAGUAUUGAUGUGUUGUUGAGAGAUUUGGAUGCCAUUGGCAUUUUGCGAGGAUGCAGCCAGUAUUAUUGCCAUUACACAUGGCCGCUCGUACGAAUGCUCGGAUGCAGCGGGUUAUCUAUGCAAAUCUGUAAUGCCAUUCUUUCGUUAUUUUGUGUGGAGUCUUACGUUGUGUAUGCGCUCUAGCCUGUAUGUGUCGAAAACAAUCGAGUAAUCUGUAAAUAUUGCAGCUAUUUCUAUACUAGGUUGCGGGGACUACGGUCAUGUGUGUGUCUGAAUUAUUGGAUCGGGAAGCUUGUAAAUCAACCUGCUUGUUACUACAGUCUGCAUUGAUCAUCAUUUUGAGUGCACGGAACCGUACGCGACUCACGACGUGCGAUCGAGACAACAUAGUCUGUGUCUAGUUUUCUCUAUCUAUUAGAUUCUCUCCUAAUAUCAUUACUACUAUAUACUGAUAUCAUACUGACUGUACAUAAUCAUGAUUACUGGAUUUUAUACGAUUACAGUAAACUGUCAAAAGUUGGCGACUCUGUACGAAAGAUGAGCGAAUUUUUGUUUUCCCAGACUGGCUUACUUACACCCUGCCGUUAGUACGUGUGAUUGUGAACGAAGCACCGACGAAUGCGAUGUGUACAAUACAAUGCAAGUCUGUACAAUACAAUGCAAGUCUGUACAAUACAAUGCAAGUCUGUACAAUACAAUGCGAGUCUGUACAAUACAAUGCGAGUCCGUGCGAUCAUGUAA